AUGUCAAAUCGCGUUACCGCGCCACCUCCAAUCGCCGGGAAUCGCUCAACUCACCACCGACGCGCCUCCGUCUCUGUUCGCACCGCCGACCAUCCGCGCGCCAUCCGCGCCGACGACGAUAUCCGUGACUGCAACCUCCGCCCUCAAGUUUUGUGGCCAGAUUGCUUUUGUUCCAUUACUUUAACAAGAGAAGGAUCAAAAAUAGGAAAAGUGAUAAACCAUUCACCAAAGGGUAUUCAUCUACAAUCAACAAUAUUGACACAACUGUUCAAUCCAAAAAAGGAGACAUUCCUCAAAUUGAGAACAACCCAUAGAUACAUCAAAGGACCAAAAGGGCUAGUGAUGACGAAGAGGAAAAAAAUUGAUAGCCCUAGCGACUCUUCACCCAAAAAGAUUAAAUUUGCUGAUGAUCUUCCUGAUGAUGACGAACCUCUUAAUGAUGAUGAAAUUGCAUCGUUCUUUGCUAAAGAUGUAUAA